AUGGAACCUGAAGACCUCCUUAGCAAUAUCCAGGAAGCCCAGAAGUCUAUCUCCCAGCAGAUUUCUAUGGACACCUUUCUAGCUGCCCACCAUUUUUGGCACCCUUUAUCUUCAUCUGGCAACACCCCACUCUCAGAGGAAGUUCCUUCUCCAGUUUCUACCAGCCCACUAGAAGCACAGGAACCCUUCCCUUCAGUCUCUUCCUCCCCACAACCACCCACCAUUGUGCCAGCUCAUCACCCUCCACCACCUGUCUACCAGGAUCAGGCCAUUCAAGCUGGUAUUCCUGAGCUCAAGAGGGAUUCACCUCCUCAAGAACAGCCCAUUCCUUCAGACUGUCCCCAGAACUCUAACCCCACCCAUCCUAUUCCUCAUAUUCAACCACCAACACCAUCAACACCACUUUCUUGUCCUCAAUGUGGUUCGACACGCUUCUACAGCCCAUCUCGCUGUCGACGUCGUCAGUGGCACUCAAGUGCCUCAUCAAGAACACCAUCAGAGACUGUCAGCCUCUCAGAACCAUACCGUGUGGCUGUCACAUCAAUCACCGAGGUGCUAUGA